CUUCCGCAGCAGCAUGGCGGCCACGGAGGAAGAGCGGCCGGCGGGGAGCGGUGAGGGAGAGCGGCUGGAUUUCCUGCGAGACCGGCACGUGCGAUUCUUCCAGCGCUGCCUCCAGGUCUUGCCCGAGCGUUAUUCUUCGCUCGAGACCAGCAGGCUGACAAUUGCAUUUUUUGCGCUCUCCGGGCUGGAUAUGUUGGAUUCCUUAGAUCUGGUGAACAAAGAUGAUAUAAUAGAGUGGAUUUACUCCCUGCAGGUCCUUCCCACAGAAGACAGAUCAAAUCUAAAUCGCUGUGGUUUCCGAGGCUCUUCAUACCUGGGUAUUCCAUUUAAUCCGUCAAAGAAUCCUGGAACAGCUCAUCCUUACGAUAGUGGCCACAUAGCAAUGACCUACACGGGCCUUUCAUGCUUAGUUAUUCUUGGAGACGACUUAAGCCGAGUAAAUAAGGAAGCUUGUUUAGCAGGCUUGAGAGCCCUUCAGCUAGAAGAUGGCAGCUUCUGUGCAGUCCCUGAAGGCAGUGAAAAUGAUAUGCGAUUUGUAUACUGUGCCUCCUGUGUUUGCUAUAUGCUGAACAAUUGGUCUGGCAUGGAUAUGAAAAAAGCCAUCAAUUACAUCAGAAGAAGUAUGUCCUAUGACAAUGGGCUGGCACAGGGAGCUGGACUUGAAUCUCAUGGAGGAUCGACUUUCUGUGGCAUCGCAUCACUGUGUCUGAUGGGUAAACUAGAAGAAGUUUUCUCAGAAAAAGAAUUGAACCGGAUAAAGAGAUGGUGUAUAAUGAGGCAACAGAAUGGUUAUCAUGGAAGACCUAAUAAGCCCGUAGACACCUGUUACUCUUUUUGGGUGGGAGCAACUCUAAAGCUUCUGAAAAUUUUUCAGUACACCAACUUUGAGAAAAAUAGAAAUUACAUCUUAUCAACUCAAGAUCGCCUGGUAGGUGGAUUUGCCAAGUGGCCAGAUAGUCAUCCAGAUGCUUUGCAUGCAUACUUUGGGAUCUGUGGCCUGUCACUAAUGGAGGAAAGUGGAAUUUGUAAAGUUCAUCCUGCCCUGAAUGUAAGCACACGGACUUCUGAACGCCUUCGAGAUCUCCAUCAGAGCUGGAAAACCAAGGACUCUAAACAGUCCCCAGAGAAUGUGCACAUCUCCACAUGA